AUGGUCACCAAGGUGGCCGAGGAGGUCGAGGCGGAAAUUCAGGAAGACAGCAUUCACGGCAUGAUCGAGGACAUGGACAUAGGGCUGGAGGAGGUGGUCGAGGAAGAGGAGGCAGGGGAGGGCGAGCUGAGCGCCGGAGGACUCAAAGUAAGCGGCAUUGGAUUGCUCGCUGGAAAAAGAGUCAUUCCUGUGAACGAGCCGCAGCACCAUCAAAAGGAGAGAUCUGGAAAAGGAGAAGUUUACAGGCGGAUACAAAUGUCAAAGGACCCUCAGUGGGGACGGUCGGAUCGCGGCGGCCGAGGCCGUUCGCAAUCUGGAUCUGGAUCUGGAUCUGGAUCGAGAGGAUCGGCGAGAGGAAGGGGAAGAGGACGAGGUAGGGGUCCGAAUACCGUCAUGUUCAACAGGGCGACUCAACUCACUAACCCGGAUAUCCCGGAUAUGGACUAUGAUGAUGAUGAGGAUGAGGAGGAUGAGCGUGGCGGAAUGGAUUAUGAUGUUGACGGUAUGAGUAGCAGUGGAGACGAGGACGAUGACAGUAGUGACUACGAUGAGGACGAUGACGGUGAGAUCGGCGAUCCCGAUGAGGGCCUUGACUCAGACGAGAUUGAUGAAUCAGAGGAUCAAUUCAUCAUGCAGAGAUUCGAUUGGGAGGAUGACCAGGAUCCAGAUCGGGAGCGCAAACUAGCGCGGGCUCGAAGGGCUGCUGAGGCUGCGGCGGCGGCGGCACGGGCAGCAGAGCCCUUCAUACCUCCCGCUAGAUGGGGAGGUACACUUGCUUACCAAUCGGCAGCUCAGGGAGAUGGCGAUGAGAGUUCGGGAGAUGAGUUCGAGGAGGCCAGGAGACUUGUACGGGAAACAUUGGUAUCCAAGACAACGAACGGCGUCAAAGAUGCGGAUCAAAUCACUGAGAACAGUAGGAUGAAGGCAGCAACAUCAUCAGCAACAGCAACGACAGUUGUUUUGAAUGAUAGGACGACUACUACUACGGCGACGACGGCGAGGUCGCAAUCGGUUGAUACGCAUGUGUUCAAAAAGUCGAAGGUUGUGGUGGAUCUGACUGAAGAAAUCCAGGCCAAAAUUGUGGAGCAGGUGGAAGAGCCCCAAAUUAUUGAUCUGACAGCGGUGGAAGAAAGUACAGUUGUGACAGCAGCCAUGGAUGCGACAGCAGGCGUUGGCGCAGAGGCUGAGUCGGAGCCGGACUUACAGAUGCUUUGGGUGAUUGACACGGAGCCGAGUGCGAUCGUGCCUGAGGAAGAGCCGCUACCCCAGAUUCAGGAGACGUACAUCAACUUACCACCAGAGCCCGAGUUCACCGGACGGCCAGCCAAGAAGUCGCAUCGGUCGAAGCGGGGCGGUAAAAAGCUGCGCGAGGCGGAUCAGGAACGCAAGCAGAUCAAGGCGCUGAACGAGGCUGGUGAUGGGCAUAUUGCGCUAGAUGAAGUUGAGAGUGAAGUGGACGACGAUAUGCUGGCACUUGAGGACUACUUGCAGAAUACCACGGACCCUGAUAACCCUGAUUACUUCGACUCGUUCCUUGGAUCACUUACGUCGCUUCCUUCAGGAUUCGGUCACUCGAGCGAUAUUCGCGGUGGUCUGGAUGCGGACGACUCAGACUUUGAGGAGGAUGCCUCGGAGGACGAUAGUCAGGACGAUGAAGAUUUUGAUUUCACAGUAAAGUCAUCAGAGAGACGACGGAAACGCAAGGCCGACGAGCUGUUGUCCGGCGCAUUGGAUACCACAUUUGAUUCCGACUGGCCUGCUGGUGCGCCUUAUGGAUACGACUUUUAUGACCCUGAAGAGUUUGUGGGUAGGAAUGGACGGCGGCCGAGAGGGGGUACUGCAGCAGUUGUUCCUUAUGGCAACCACCUAGAAGCCCUCACAUCCAUCAAUGAUCAUAUCAAGGAGUUUGUCAAUAACCGUUCCAAGGUCAGUCUCGAGCUCCCUCCGCUGGCCAAGGCUCUUCGUCGACGCGUUCAUUUGUUGUGUGAGCAAUACAACCUCCGUUCUCAGAGCGUCGGUUCAGGCAAGAACCGCUUCCCUGUCCUCCUCCGGACAGAAAAGACCAAGAUGCCUCAGGCGCCCAUCGAUCUGCGCAAGUUUAUGAACGCCGGUUUCGGACCUCGCGUGCAGGCCGAGUUUGACAACCGAUGGGAUCGUAAGAGAGGUGCUGGUGGCAACCACCGACGUGAUGGAAAGAGAGGUGGUGGUCACGGCAAUGAUACCAACAAGGAUCCGAGGGAUUCGGCGCGUGCUGUCACUGGAAGUGUUGUUGGUGGCACUGCGUCGGAGAUCUCCAAGGAGAACGUUGGGCAUCGCAUGCUCGCGAAGAUGGGAUGGUCGCCGGGCGUUGGAUUAGGAGCCUCGGGAGAUGGUAUUACCAAGCCGAUCGAAGCCGUUGUCCGAGCCAAGCGCCGUGGACUCGGUCAUGAAUAA